AUGCGCUGGCGGCGGAACUACGAGGCAGUGCUGUUCCGCUGCGCGUCGCAGCGAUUCCGCCAGUCGCACCGCCGUGACGCCAUCAAGUCGGGCAUCAUCACGCAGGAAGAGGCGGACGCGCACGAAGAUGACGGGUCCAAGUGGACGCUUCUCCGCUGCUGCGUGCCCCUUGACAAGACUGAGCUGCGCCACAUUGGCGACUACCACCAGUUCGCGACGCUUGUCAACAUGGACGUGCAGCUUCAGGCGGACACGCAGGUUUCGUGGCGCCCCGAGGAGAUUGCGACGGGCAACUUUGCCGCUUACGGCGACUUCAACAUAGAGGGCGACGAGGAUGGACUCCCCGACCAUCCGCCCCCUACUGAUCCCGAUGCUAUGCCCGACGACCAUGUGGUGCAUCCCGACCACUCCGGACCGAUCAACCAAUCCCCCUCGCGCAGUCCUAGCCAGUCGAGCUAUGCCAGCCAGUCGACGCAGGGCGGCUCUGACGUCCCCCUCCACCACGAAGCUGUACGCAGCUCGACCGUCCCCGACAUGCGCGCAGCGGUACCUGGUCACAAGCCCGCUCCGCCCCAGCCUCGCCACCGAUCGCGCACGCUCAUGUCGCGCAUCACUGGCCGCCCCGACGCGGUUCACGAGGAUCAGCACGACGGGCACGCGCACGACUACAUCGACACAGACCCUCCUCCAUCGCUGCAGAAAGGCUGCCCCGGUGGUGCGGAGCCCUGUGCUACUAUUCGAGCCGAGAGCCGUUGGGCGGUGAAGGACAACAAGUACCAGUUCCUGAUCGCGAUCCUGAACGAUCAGCAGUGGUUCGUCGAUGCGCUGCGCGAGGCGCUUCCUCACGCCCAGGCCAGACGCUACGUCCGUGGUGCUAUGCCGGAGCAGAUGGCGAUCGAUGUGGGCGGGUACGACUGCAUGUCGCACCCUGAUACCGGUCACGAUGACGAGAACGAGGACGAUCCCUCGAGCUCCUCCGACUCGUCGGAGAGCGACGACGACCCCGAUCCCCAGCGCCGCGCUGAGAAGAAGCGCGAGCGCAAGCUUGACAAGAAGACCGAGCCGGCGUCCAACCACAAGGCGCGCAAGGCGCGUGCCGCCGCCAAGACGUUCGGUCUCCGCGAGCGAGAUGGUAUCUGGCUCAAGCGGACCUAUGUCCAGAACGGUGUCGUUCCCGCGCGAGGACACAUCAUCAUCUCGCCCAAGUAUACCUGUUUCUGGAGGCGGGCGCGUUUCGGCGCAGAUAUCAAGUACCGCUACCCGACCGCCGAUAUCAAGGGGGCAGUGGCCACGCAGUUCCCCCUCAGCCCCAGGCGUAACGGCAUGGCGCUCAAGAUCAAUGGCCAGCCGGAUCUCAAGUUUGAGUUCUGGAGCGAGGCGUCGCGCGACGCUGUCGUCAAGCGGGUCAACCGCGUCGUCGCCCAGUUGGCUGAGCAGGGAGAGGGCCAGGCGGCUCCCGGCGCCAAGGAAGCCGGCAAGCCCGAGGGCUCUGAGCUCAGCCUCCAGACGACCACGACCAGCAACGACUCCCGCAAUCUCUGGGACGUCGCUAAGGACAUCAAGCUGACCGAGAAUGACUUCCAGGUCUCGCCCGAGUACGCCGUGCACGGUGACAUGCGGAUCAUAUCCGAGGCGGCGCGAUUCCUCGCCCCGCCGCCUGAUCUGCUUGUCUAUCCCAAGGCGCUCAACGAGGAGGCGCUCGCGUACAUGCCUUUCGUCGCGAACCGGCCGUGGUCGAGUGGCGGCGCGAACGUGCGCCUGACGCCGCGCCGCUUCACGAUGCUCACGAUUGGCUCUCGCGGUGAUGUGCAGCCGUACAUUGCCCUGUCUUUGCGCCUGAUGCAGGACGGACACAAGUGUACUAUCGUGACUCAUGCCGAGUUCAAGGACUGGAUUGAGGGAUACGGCAUUGAGCACCGCCAGGCCGGCGGAGACCCCACGGCUCUCAUGAAGAUCUCGCAGGACCACAAGAUGCUCUCGCCCGGAUUCUUCAAGGAGGCCCUCGGUACAUUCCGGCAGUGGCUCGAUGACCUCCUCAACGACUCGUGGGACGCGUGCCAGGACGCGGACGUCCUCAUCGAAUCGCCCUCAGCCAUGGCAGGCAUCCACAUCUCCGAGGCGCUCGGCAUUCCCUACUUCCGCGCCUUUACCAUGCCCUGGACGCGCACCAGUCUGUACCCACAGGCAUUCAUGGUGCCUGCGUUUGAGAUGGGCCCGCAGUUCAACUAUUCCACGUACGUGCUGUUCGACAACAUCAUGUGGAAGGCGAGUGCGCGGCAGAUCAACCGCUGGAGGAAGAAGAGGCUCGGACUCGGUGCGACAGACCAGAGCUCGCUCUCCGUCUCCAAGGUGCCGUUCCUAUACAACUUCAGCCCUGCAGUCGUGCCCAAGCCGCUCGACUGGUACGACGACAUUACCAUCACGGGCUACUGGGAGCUGGAGAACAGCGACAUGGACUGGUCUCCGCCCGACGACCUGCUGCAGUUCAUGCAGAAGGCGCGGGACGACAAGAAGCCGCUCGUGUACAUUGGCUUCGGAUCCAUCGUGGUACCCGACCCCGCUGCCGUGUCCCGCGGUAUCAUCAAGGGUGUCGAGAAAGCGGGCGUGCGUGCCAUCAUCGCGAAGGGAUGGUCCUCGCGCUCUGAGACGGGCGAGAAGGAGGAGGACGACGUCGUUUUCCCCGCCAGCUGCUACAGCGUCGACAAGAUUCCGCACGGCUGGCUCUUCCCCAAGAUUGACGCCGCGAUGCACCACGGCGGCGCGGGCACGACGGGCGCGUCGCUCCGCUGCGGCCUGCCGACGAUCAUCAAGCCGUGGUUCGGCGACCAGCACUUCUGGGCCCUGCGCGUGACCAAGAUGGGCUGCGGAGUCAAGCUGGCCAGUCUGAAGAGCGACGAGAUCGCCGACGCGCUGAGAAAGGUGACGGGCGAUAGAGUCAUGAUUGAAAAGUCGAGGAAUGUGGGAAUCAGGAUCAGGCAGGAGAAGGGCGUCGAUACCGCCGUCCAGGCUAUUCACGCCAACAUUAUCCGCGCAGCGAAGGAUAGGCAGAAGCUGAAGAAGGAGGACGACGGGGUCAAGGAGCACAAGCGCGCCAGUCUCAACAUCAACAUCUUCUAG